AGCAACUUCCAGGUGGUCAGGCGGCGGCGCAGGGUGGUCCAUUGCCCAACAUUUCAGGUGAAUGCGGAGACAUGGGGGAAACCCUGAGCCCUGUAGACGCACACACACCCAGAGAGAUGAGGUUUUCCACCGAUCUGAGGAGCUGGCCCAGCUCAACCCUCACCCCAGCUCCUCACCCGGGACUUAAACCCAGGAGACAGUCUCGCCUCCCGGUGAUAAUAGGCAGAGCAGACAAAGAAGCGCCUGGAUGCAGACUUCAGUCAGCUACAGCUGAAAAGGAGCCGUUACCACAAAGACUGCAGCGCCACGUCGACCGCACUGGCUCACCUCAGCCGCUGACCUCUUCGAAGAAGAUGGCCAUCGUCGCAGCACAACCUGCGGAGCUCGUCCCAACCGACAGAACAGGACCUCUCCAUGAGAAAACUCUCAGUCCUCCAAAGUCCGGCUCCAUGGCAGGAAAGACUAGAUUCCCACCCCUGACCGACACGUCAGAGAGCGCGCCCCCCUGGCUCAGACAACUCAGCUCCCACAACUGGGAAAAGAAAAUGGAUGGGAUGAAAUGUGUCGCAGAUCUGGCGCAGCACCAUCCAGAGCAACUGAAGACCAAACUGCACGAAGUCUGCCGAGUCUUGACAGAGGAGGUUAAAAACCAGCGUCCUUCUUUAGCCGGCACUGUUAUUGACACCAUAGCAGAGCUCCACACUCAGCUGGGAAAGUCAAUGGACCCCGAGGCAGAAAGGACCAGUGACGCUCUGCUGCUGAAGCUGGCACAGACCAACAACGAGUUUGUUCACCAGAGAGCUAAUCUGGCCCUGGACGCACUGGUGAAGGGCUGCAGUCCUGCUAAGGUUCUGAAUGUUCUGCUCAGCACAGGCCUGAGUCAUCACUGUGCUGCAGUGAGAGAAAGCGCGGCGCAGCACAUUCACCAGCUGAAAAACGUCACCGGAGAGGAUUACAUCCUGAAAGCAGGAAGAAGGUUUUCAGGAGGUUUCCUUAUUGCGGUCAGCAAGAUGUGUGUGGAUUCUAAUCCUGGCGUCAGGAAUCAUGGACAGGAAAUGCUGUGGGAAUUUGCUCAGCACACAGAGUUUAUGGUCCAGUGGCAGAAGGCUGUCCCCGCUAAGGCCAGGGCUCAACUGGUCAAACUUUUGAAGAGGAUGAAACGGCAAAAGGCUCAAUGGACAAGAACUGAGGUAGAGAUUUGUCCAGCAGAUGGCCCUGUUGAGCAAGGCUGAUCCUGCAAAAAGAAGAUGGCUCCCUUGGGAAAGAAAUGUCUGUCGUUUAGUUGUACAAGACUGUUCCAGGGACAGACAAGGGUCCAGUUAAAAAUAAUUCAGAGAAGACAGUGACGGUGGAAGAUGGUUUUCUGUAACCAACUAGUCAUUAAACCAA